AUGCUCAACAGCUGCGUCGUCUGCCGCAAACGCAAGAUCAAGUGUGACCGAAACCCGCACUCGUGUCGGAAUUGCAUUCAUUUUGGCACGAGCUGCGUCUACACCACCGUCCCACGGUCCGAAUUGAAACGCAGCGCCACCACCCUGUCACAUCAUGACGAAUCCAGUCGCACCUUUACGCAGACCGGUCUUGUGCGCCGCCGCGUCCCUCGCUCGUGCGUCGCCUGUCAAAAGUCCAAGGCCAAGUGCUCGGGCGAGCAGUCCUGUGCGCGGUGUGGCAAGAAAGGGCUGACUUGCCGCUACGCGGAGCAGACAUCCAUGAGCGAGCCUGCACCGAGUCGCUCAAUCGCGGCAACGGCGCCGCCGUCGCAAACACAGCAAGGCAGCGUGCCUACUUGGCUGGGCUCGGCUCAGCUCCCAUCAUCCCAUCGCGUGCGCGCGCUGGUGGACAUGUACUUUGCUCAGGUGCACACUGUGCGGUGCCUGGGCUUCCUCCACAUCCCGACAUUCAUGGAUCGCUUCCGCGAGGACGAGGCGCUCCUUGCGGAUUCUUCGGGGCUCGUGUACAUCAUGUGCGCCCUGGCCGCGCCCUUUCUGUAUGCCAAAACGGUCGACUCUCCCGAGAGCGACCCGGCGAGCGGCCUCCGCUAUCACGAGGCGGGCCGGGGCUGGGCGGCGAGCGCCCUGCAGCGCGUCUUUGCCAACUUCGGCGCCUCGACGGUGGACAGUCUCGCCGUGUCCGUGCUGGUCCACGAGCAUCUCAUCCGCACCGGUGACCACACCAAAGCGCUCCUACUCUCCGGCAUGGUGGCGCGGCACGUCCAGAUCCUGCAGCUCAACCUCGAGCACGACGACGACACCCUGUGCGAGUCCGCGGGCUCCCUCCCGAGCGAAACGAGGGAGUCUCGGCGGAGGCUGUUCUGGGCCUGCUACCUGCAAGACGCACUGAUUGAGUGCGGCAUCGACCAGCUCAAGCUCAUUUCUAGCGACGACGCGCGCUUGCAGCUGCCGUGCCGGGAAGAAGACUUUCUCCGCGGCCGGCCGUGCGUGACGGAGACGCUGGGCGCGGGGACGCUGCUACCGUCGGCCGUCGGCGCGAGGGGCGCGCGCGAAGCGGUGGACAACUUGGAUCUGCGGGCGUACUACAUUCGUGCCAUGGCGCUGCGCUCGAGCAUCCUACGCUACGUCAAGCACAUUGACGGCGACGAGCCGUGGGACGCGCUCGGCGGCUCGCAGUUUCAGCGCCUGGAGAAGCGCCUUGCCGCCCUGGAACAGUCCAUCCCGCACGCUCUCCGGAUGAGCAGCGGAAACACCUAUCUGUACAAGUCCUCUGGCCGCCUGAACCUGUACUAUGGCCUGCACAUCCUGCUGGCCCAAACAUGGACCGAUCUCUACCGCGUCGGCGUGGCCGGCCUCGUCUUCCCCAGCUCUGCCACGGCACGGCUGCGACAGAACGCGCCCGUUGAAUUUCGCCGGCGAUGCCACCAGACGUGCGCGGACCAGGCGACGCUUAUAGCAGGGCUGCUCGAGGGCCUCUACAAGUGCCACCGCGAGAGCAUGAUUGACAUGCCCUACGCCAUCAACGCCCAAGUCUGCAGUAGCACUCUGGUGACGACGCUGGCAUCCGCCCGCGCGGUGGAUGAAGCAGGGUUUCUGCCCAGUUACACCGAGUCCGAGUACCGUCGCAUGCUGCGGUUGAAUCUCGUGAUGCUGCAGCACAUGCAGCAGUACAUGAAAGUGGAUGCAUUUGCCGAGUCGGCAAGUCAGGCGCUUAAGCACUUUGAGUGCAUCGUGCAGCGUCAGGAGGCUGGUCUUUCAAACGGCAAGGAGAGCACGACCGAAGCAGGACACCCUUCGCACUUUUCGCUCGAUUACAUUCUCAAUCCGCUCGGCGUCUUUCCCAUCGCGCGGACCCAGGCUCGCGACAAGCAUAUACCAGAGAGAUUUGCGAGCGCGCGCAGUACGGUAAAUACAGAGCGUGCGGCCGUGUCACAUUCAACGCAAGAGUACACGGGAGAGAGAAGAGAAGUGACCGAGGCCGGGUCGCUGUGGGACUGGGAUGCGCAGCUACCGCUUCUGGAGAGCAUGGACUACCCGACGUUCCUAGACGAUGCAUUUCUAAGCGAGCAAGGUCUAGGUCUGGGAAACACCAAUGGCUUCUACUAA